AUGAAACUUUUUUUCAGCGCACAAAUAAAGAAAAAGCGGGAAAAGGAACAACGAAAUUCACCGAUCGAAGAAGGAAAACAGUCGUUCAGCUGCUAUAUUUGUAACUAUACGAUAUAUGAAUGUAUGCAUUGUGCACAUAAACAAAUAGCUAGGAGUAGUUUUAUAAAGCACCUGGCAAAACAUUAUAUCCAAACGACAUUCAAGUGUACAAACUGUGAUGCUUCAUUUAUUACUAAACGACGCUUAGAAAACCACAUUUUACAGAGACAUCCUGAAUUUGCCGCACCCGUGUCCAGUAAAUCCAGUAAAAUACGUGAAUGUACACAUUGUGAAUAUAAAACUACAUUUCCACACUGCUUAGCUAGUCAUAUGAUCAAACAUACUGGAGCUAAGCUCAAGUGUACAAAGUGUGAGGCGUCAUUUACAACCAUACGAACAUUAGACGAUCACAUUUUGCGGAAACAUCCUGAGUUUACUACUUCUGUAUCUAGUAAGAUACAUAGAUGUACCCAUUGUGAAUAUAAAACUACAUAUAAGGGGAAUUUAGUUAGACAUAUGAUGAAACAUACCGGAGCUAAGCUCAAGUGUACAAAGUGUGAUAAGUCAUUUACAGCCACACUAUCAUUAGACGAUCACAUUUUGCGGAAACAUCCUGAUGUUGCUGCUUCUGUAUCUCGAAAGAUACAUAAAUGUACACAUUGUGAAUAUAAAACUACAUUUCCACACUGCUUAGCUAGUCAUAUGAUGAAACAUACCGGAGCUAAGCUCAAGUGUACAAAGUGUGAUAAGUCAUUUACAAUCAUAAAAUCAUUAGAUCAUCACAUUUUGCGGAAACAUCCUGAUGUUGCUGCUUCUGUAUCUUGUAAGAUACAUAAAUGUACACAUUGUGAAUAUAAAACUACAUUUCCACACUUCUUGGCUAGUCAUAUGAUGAAACAUACUGGAGCUAAGCUCAAGUGUACAAAGUGUGAUAAGUCAUUUACAACUACACUAUCAUUAGACGAUCACAUUUUGCGGAAACAUCCUGAUGUUGCUGCUUCUGUAUCUCGAAUCAAAGAGAGAAAUCUAGCCAAAAGAUAUACUGUCGGUUUUUCUCCAGUAGAUGCUGCCAGCGUUGUUGAGUUGCAGGCAUCUGUAAUUUGA